AUGUCUAAGCAGGGAUUUCCUGACUGUGUGUACGUACAAGCGGCCGAGGCUUUCCGAGCAUCUUGUACGGAGAAGAUGCAGGAUUCCAGGGUUAUACGUUAUGCCCCCAUCCUACACCCUGCUGUUGGAGACACAAGGAAUGAACGCAACACAAAUCAAAAGGAGCUCUGGGCUUAUGAGCUGGCAUUCAACACUCUGAAAUUCCAAGCGCUGUUGGAGGACGUCCUGAUUGACAGCUGCUUCCAGGCAGCUCAACAACUGCCAGAUGAUGUCAUGGCCUUGGUGAUGGUCAUGCUGUAUGACCUGCAGGACAGAAAGUUUCAGCCCAGAGAGCCAAUGACAGGAGAAGGGGAGGGGCUUGUAGAAGAAGUGAAGCUGGUGGAGGACAGCCUCUUCAGUUUUAGGACUAAGCUUGCAGCCUCACUGGCUCGCUUCAGAAUCAAGCAGGAUCUGGUGUGUAUCGAUGACAUUCUGCCAAAAAGUGUGAAGGAAAAGCACCAGAGAAAACACAAUCUACCCAUCUGUGCCUGGGUCAACACACUCAAGAGCAGGUACACACACACACACACACACACACACUGUCCAACUUCUGAAAAGUAUAUUCAUUUAUACACUCAUUUGUGACUCUGCAGCGUGGAUGAAGUGUGUGAGAUGCUGAAGACACAGGGCUUCGUCCAAGUGGAUCAACACACACAUCUGGAAGGGAGUGUGUUCUGUAAGGACACACACUGUCCUGAUGUCCUGCUGUUUCCACACCAUGCCCAAGAACUUCUAAACAAGACGACACUGUUAAUGGAUCAUGCACUUAUAAUACAGGAGAAGUCCCGCAGUCUGGCUGUGUGUGCACUGCGCCCCCUGUUGGCCAAAAACACAGAUGUGCUGAUGGCAGGGUCGUUCUCUGCACACACCGUGGCGCACGUAGGUGUCCAGGCUUCCAUUCUUUCCAACCAUGUCUACAUCUGUGGGCUUUCUGCUGGCUCCGCCCACAGGGAGGCACUACAGUUGACGCUGUCGCGCAUUGGCUGCAAAAAUGUACACUUGCUGUCUGAGCAAUUUGCUGAACUGAGUGAAAGCGAUUCACGUCUCCAGAAGGUUCGAGUUGUUCUUGUGCUGCCCCGAUGUACAGCUUCAGCACUCACGGACCCCAUAGUGCAUAUUAUUAAUGAGGACGGAGACAGGAAGUUGCUGAAGGAUCUGUCUCAGGGCGCUGUGUCCAACACAAAACUGGAGUCCCUGAUCAAAAAACAGAUACAAGACUUGACCCACGCCCUGAUCUUUCCCAAGGUGCAUGGUGUGGUCUACUGCACAUGCUCAGUGUAUGCAGAGGAGAACGAGCUGGUGGUGAAGAGAGCGCUCAAGAACGCUGCAGUCAGAACCAAGUUACGGCCAUUCAGGAUAGUAUCUCCAGGAUGGACAGAUGAAGAGAGGUUCUUAAGACUGCAGGCUUCUGGCACAAAUGAGGGCUGCUUUCUCUGUGUGUUGAAGCGAGAGGAAGCAGAAACUGUACAGGACAUACUGGUACGUGCAGCAGCAAAAGGUCUCCUGUCUGGACUGGCGCUUCCUGAAAAAGUCAAGAAAACAAGAAGGAAAGAAAAACGUAGAGGAGCUCCAGCAGCUCCUCCUCAUCCUGACCCCUCACUCACCAGUGACCCAAGUGUUUCUGAACAGCUCCACACUGAUGGCACAGUCCCAGGAGGUGCCUUAGAACACAUACAGGACUCACACGGUCCUUCACCUGCCCGGAAUGACAGUUCUGCAAAUCUGAGUCAUGAUUCGGCUGAUGAACUUGGAGAGAAUCAGGCUUCCAAAGCUACGGAUCAGCAGAAAAAAGGCCGCAGGCGUAAAUCUAGAGUGUCGAAACGCAGCCAAAGAGUAAAAACCAAGACUCGUACAAUACACAAACGUAGGACACGGUCGUCCCGUAAGAAACUGCUUCGUGUUCAACCAGUGUAA